UAUAAGGUUGAUAUCAUUGAGGAAAAGGGUACAACUUCAAGAUGGUAAAGUGGUUCUCAAUGUUCCGAGCGGUGACAGAACGUCAUCUUUGUAUGCAUAAAUAACUGAUCUGUAUUCAUUUGAUAAGUGUGUACGAGUAUCUGUCAAAAACGGGAAUUGAUUUUAAUAUGGAAACUACCAGUCAUGAUGACUAUUACUUGGAAUUAUCUUCUGAUCCAAUUAAAUUUGAAUCAGUCAGCUGUGUGACAAAUGUCUUCUUCGAUGAAUCGAAACAACAGGUAUUCGCAGUCCGAUCAGGGGGUGUAACAGGUGUAUCAGUGAAAGGACCAAAUCAGAAUAUAAAUUUUCGAAUGGAAGAUAAGGGCGCAGUGAUUUCUAUUAAAUUUUCUCCCGAUAUGAAUAUACUAGCGGUACAACAUAACAACUCUUCGGUCGAAUUUAUUAAUUAUUCCCCGGUGACUGGGCUAGAUAAUAUUGAAUAUUCGCAUUCGUGCAAAGGAAAAAAUGCCACUAUAUUGGGAUUCGUUUGGACACACGGAAACGAAAUAUUGUUCGUAACCGAUUACGGAGUCGAGUUGUUUCAAGUGAAUCCAGAGAAACGGAACGUCAGAGUUUUAAAAUGUUUAAGCUUAGGAGUAAAUUGGUUUGUGUUUUGUCCUCAGAGUUAUUUGGUAUUAUUAUCGUCCGGUACAGUAGGUAAUCAGAUGCAAACAUUGCAUGUAACACCUGGAAAUCUUCAUAAAUUGACGAAAUUUGAAGUGGAACCUGGUACAACGAAACCAGGCAAGCUGGCCGUUUACGACAGAGACGUAGCACUAGCAGUUGUAUAUGGAACGCCGUGCAUUAUUUUGUUACGUCAUCAACCAAUUACUAAUCGUUCGACGGGGACUGCUUCUGUAUACGUAUAUACCGUUCAUAAAAUGACAACGAUCAAAAGAAGUCAUAUCUUAAAGCUCGACGUCAGCGGUAAAUUUGCCGUUAACGUUGUAGAUAAUCUUAUUAUUGUUCAUCAUCAAACCACGAAAACUUCCAUGAUUUUCGAUAUUAUGUUACCGGGUGUCAGCGAUGGUAUUGUAAUGCAUCAUACUAGCUUGGUACCAGCGAUGCCGAUCAAGCCGUAUAGUUUGAAAGUUCCAGGAGCAACGUUAUCAAACGAAACGUAUCAACCGUGCCAAUUGUAUGCGCCAAGUUGGGUCGUUUUUCAGCCAAACAUAAUAAUCGAUGCGAAACUGGGUUGUGUCUGGUAUAUCGAAUUAAAGCUGGAAACUUUGGUGAAACUGUUCACGGAUAAAGUGCUACUGGUUGAAUUUUUAAUGCAGCGGGCAAACGCGAAGCAUAUUUUGAUACGAGUGUUGCAAGAUUUUAUGAUGUACCUACCUUAUAGUCUAGUAGAUAUGCCAGUUAUAUUCGACAAGUUGAAUUCAGUGUAUAGAAAGUACCUGGAAAGCGAAAUCCAAAAUCAGAUAGGCACCUCGGUGCAAAACAAUGUAAAAAACGUAAGCAGCAGCAGCAGUAGCAGCAGUAGCAGUACCACUACCACAGUAGAAAAUUACAAGCAUAAAUUGUUGAUCGGUCAAAGUGACAUGUAUACCUAUAUAUUGCCGAAGUUUCCUGAGAAUACGAUCGAACCGAAAAUGAUCGUAUGGGUUCUUCUCGAAUAUAUUAGAUCGUUGGUAGAACAUGGAAUAUCUGUGCAACAUUAUUUACAAGAAUUCGUUAUUACAACGUUGGUUCAACGUAAAGCAUACUACCAACUUCAUCAAUUGCUGCAAUAUCAUGUAGUUGCCGAUUCAAAACCUCUGGCAUGUCUGCUACUCUCUUUAGAAAAUCUGUAUCCAGCUGCUCUUCAGCUUGCGUUGGAUAUGCUGAAACGAUUGGGAAACGCUCAUGAAGAGAUAAUCGAAGUUCUUUUGUCGAAGGGGCAUAUUUUAUCAGCCUUGAGUUAUGUUCGAUCGGUCGGGAUGGUGAACCAAGUAUCCGGCAGAAAAUUUUUGGAAGCGGCGAAAGCAACCGAGGAUCCGAUGUUGUUUUAUUCGGUAUUCGAGUUUUUAAAACAGCGUACUUCAUAUUUGCACGACAGUGCGGUAUUUACAAAAGAAGAACUCUGUGAGAUUUACUUGCAGUAUUUCAAGUAUUUACCCCAAGGAAUAGACAAUGGUUGUAAUUCGGAUACAAAUUCUAACGUCACCACGAUUUCUUCCUAAACUUAUAUUUGCCCUUUGUUUUAUUUUCCGCGCCAAAGUGCAAUUCGUUUUUAUCGUAAAAUGUGGAACAACGCUGAAUAUACUUGAAACAUGAGCAGUACAAUUAGAAUAUUAUUUAGCUGUUUUGCAAUUUAUUUCAUCUUCCAUAUUUCCAUUUGUAAAAUAUGUCUAUACACGUAUACAUUUAUAUAUAAUGUUUGCGCGCGCGGCGUACCGUAUCGUGCCGCAAUAUUCCAGAGCAUUUUGUGCAACUAAUACAAUUCGUUUGAAGCUAUUCUCUGUGUGCGUGUGCGUGUACGUGUGUGUGCGUUAGUAGCAGUAGUAGUAGCGGUAGUUUGAUUUUUGUUUUCGUAGACGCGUUUCAGUAACGCAAUAAAAUAUUUAUUUUUGCGACUGGUAUGAUUUUUGUGCCGUUACAGCGAUAUGUUAAGGGAAAACGCGAUAUUAAAAAGUAAAUAAUGGCGCACCGAUACACUUGUGUACGCGAUAUGUACGCUUAUAUGAACGAUUAAAGCGAAA